CUGAGGGCUGCCGGCCUCGCUGGCGGCCGGUUUGCGCGGCCUGUUGCGGGAGGAGAGCCCCGGAGCGCCCGCGGCGUGGGGGCGAGCGACUCCGAUAUCCGUCGCGGGUGUCUUCGAAAGCUGCGAGUACCAUUAGUGUCUCGAAACGGAAAAUAAGAAUGAGAAAACUCUAAGCGGCAUUUCUGCCUCUUUCGGUAUAGCCCAGAGCUAAGGCUCCUCUUCUGGCUACUGUUGCUUAGCAAGGGCAGGAGGAAAAAACAACUAAUGUUUACCUUCUUCGGUCUACUGCGAUUUUAAUAGUGUUUGUGUUCUCAAGAUAUGCAUUCCUUUUGAAGAUUUAUUUUCUCUGACGGCGACUACCUGUUAGUCAUCUCUGAAAUGCCUAACUACUGGAAAAAAUGGACAGUGACUUAGCCAUUGUGUAAAGAUGGAUUCUGGAAUUUUAAGUUUUUACGCAGUGAAUUAACAGCCUCUUACACAAAUUUUUCAGUUAUCCUACUAAAAGUAUUAACUCGGUGCGUUAAAGGGAAACCUGCUGUUAAGUUACAUAGAAGGAUAAGGUAAACAACAAAUAGCUGUCACAGACGUAAGUAGUGGCACUCUCAGGUAUUUACUGUCACCAUAUGUUUGACUUUUUUAGCCACCAUAAAUGCAGCAGUGUGAGAGCCCGAACAACUUCUCCAGGGCUACCCUGAUCAAAUUCUGUCAGGUCAGGAUUGAGGAUAUCCUUCAGAUAUGGAAAAUGAGGAAGUCUUUUAAGACUGAUAACCAGACAGAUUAGUCUGGCCUCAGGAAGGGGGAUUUAGAAAGGUGCAGAGCAUGGAGAAUGAUGAACUUCCGCCAGAGGAUGGGAUGGAUUGGUGUGGGGUUGUACUUGUUAGCAAGUGCUGCAGCUUUUUAUUACGUCUUUGAAAUCAAUGAGACUUACAACAAACUAGCACUGGAGCACAUUCAGCAACACCCCAAGGAACCACAGGAAGGAACCACAUGGACGCACUCCUUAAAAGUACGACUGCUAUCCUUGCCUUUUUGGCUGUGGACUAUAAUAUUUUUAAUACCAUAUUUACAGAUGUUCUUGUUCCUCUAUUCCUGUACAAGAGCUGACCCCAAAACUGUUGGGUAUUGCAUCAUUCCUAUCUGCUUGGCUGUUAUUUGCAAUCGUCAUCAAACAUUUGUGAAGGCCUCAAAUCAGAUCAGUAGAUUACAACUGAUUGACACUUAGCUCAAUUUCUACUUUCCGUAGCUGUUUUGAAGCAAUUGCAUAUGCCCGAUCUAAUCACAAGACUGAAGUUCUGAGUGAAGGCUGGGAAAAGCCUUUUCUUUCAAACUGUUAAGCAAUGAAAAGAGUGACUGUUUUCUAUUUAAAAAAAAAAAAAAAAAAAAAAAGUAACUACAAAGGUUUUUAAAUAUGGGUCUAUCAGAAUGGCCAGAGUGGGAGAGCCCUACGUGACACUUGAUGGAAGUAUUCCUCAUUUUGCCUUAAUGAUGCAAAAUUGCAACACUCCAUCUGAAACGUCCUGUGGGGAAAUAAGUUUCUGGUCCAUGACUUUACUCCUCUGUGCAAAAAAGUGAUUUCCUAUGCUUUCCCUUGGAGUAAAAUCAAUGAAAAGAUACUUCUUCUGUGGUAAAUGUAAAAGGAAAAAAAAAAAUCAGAACAUGAUUAUAAAAGUUGCACUUAA